CUCUAUUUUCUUAAAAAUGAGUACUUGGCAUUAAGUAGGUUAUUUGGUUAAAAAAAACUUAUUAAUCAGCUUUAGAAAUAAAGAGUUCUUAGUUGAAUCAAUUUUACCGAUUGUUGUUGCUGCUAUGCUUUCAUUGAAAGGUAUAUAAGAAAAUGAUAAAAUUAGCUUAAAUAUAAGCUAUUUAGCAAUUAAUGCCUUUACUUUAUUGUAUUGCAUUGACAUCAACACAAAGAUCAAUGCUAAUUAAGAUGGUAGAAGAGAAAAGCAAAAGGUAUAAAGAAUUACAAAAAGUACAUAAAUCAAUAUUGAUUAGAUUAUGGGUAUGAAUAAUAAUGCAUAUUUAAUUGGUUGGGUAAUAACUGGUUAUAUAAGAAUUGGAAUAGUAUAAUAAUGAUUAAUUCUAGUCUUUAUUAAUUUUUGAGGUUUGCUGGUAUGUCUGUAAUAUGAUAUUUAAAAUUGAUUGGGACGAAGAAUUUCAUGUUUCAUUUUUAAACAUGUUGUGGCCUUACAUUUUAUUUGCCUUUGCUGUAUUUUAAGAAUAUUAAUAUAAUAGGCAAUGAAUUAAAAUUUUUUAUUAUCAAGUUUAUUUAAUGAAGUUAAAAUUGCAGGAGAAAUGUAAUCAUUUAUUUAAAUUGCUUUUACUUUCAAUAUUUAUUUUUCUUUUGUUGAUAAUGUGGCAAAUAAGAUGUUUUUCUAUAUUAUAUCAACACUAAUAAGUCCAUAAUGUGGAAUAGCUUUUUCAUAUAUUUCAUCAAUGAAUAGUGAAAGUGGAAAUGAUUUAACAAAAUUAAAUUUAUUCCCUACAUAAAUCAUAAGUGAUACAUAUUCAGCAUAGAUAGCUGGAUUACAAUUAGGAGUAUAAUUAAUAAUAUAUUUUUUAAUGUUUUUAUAUUGUGAGUAAGUUGUUCCAAAUGAAUAUGGAAUAGCCAAACAUCCUUUAUUUAUUUUUGGAGUUCAAUAAAAAAAUAAAGUUAAAGUAAGUUAACUAGAAAAUGAAGCUAUGAUUGCAAUUAAUAAUAGCAGCACUCCAUUAAGUUCUGCAAUGUAUACAGAAGAUAUAAAAAUGAAUAAAUAACCAAGUAUAAUAAUUUAAAACUUAUUAAAAAAAUUUGGAGAGUUAAAUGCAGUAAAUAAUUUGAGUCUUUCAUUGUAUGAAUCAUAAAUUUUUUGUUUGCUUGGACAUAAUGGAGCAGGUAAAACAACUGCAAUUAAUUUAUUAACAGGAAUGAUUUAAAAAUCAUCAGGGUAAGUCAUUAUGUAUGGAAUGAAUUUAGAUACUUAAUUACCUGAAAUUAGAUAAUCAUUAGGAUUAUGUACUUAAAAGGAUUGUUUAUAUAAUGAUUUGACAGUGAAAGAGCAUUUAGAAUAUAUAAGUGGAAUUAAAGGGAGAAUAAACAAAGAGGAAAUGAUUCUAAUAAUGAAGAAAACUGAAUUAUUAGAUGAAUAAAAUAAAUAAGUACAAGAACUUUCAGGUGGUUCAAAAAGGAAAUUAUCAUUAGCAAUGAGUUUAGUAGGGGAUUCUAAAAUAAUAUUUUUAGAUGAACCUACAUCAGGAAUGGAUGCAUAUACAAGAAGAUCAAUAUGGAAUAUAUUAGAAAGAAUAAGAGAAGAUUAAAGAACAAUUAUAUUAACAACUCAUCAUCUUGAUGAAGCAGAAGUACUUGCUAAUAGAAUUGGAAUUAUGUCUAAAGGUUAAUUAUUAGCAGUAGGUUCUUCAGAUUAUAUAAAAAGAAAAUUUGGUGAAGGUUAUAAUUUAAAAUUAUCCUUUAAUGAUGUAAAUUUAAGAAAUUAAAUAUAAGAAUAAGUUUAUAAAAUGAUUCCUAAUAGUUUCUUAGAAUCUUAACAUUCUAAUGAUAAUAAACUUGUAUUUAAUAUUCCAUUCUCUUCAAAAGAAAAAUUAGGUGAUUUAUUUUAUAAUUUGGAAUCUUUAAAUAUAAAAAUAGGAUUAGAAAUGAAAACUUUAGAGGAUGCAUUUGUAAAAAUUGGACUUGAAGAUGAAAAAAGCCAUUUAAAUGAUGUUAGAAAAAGUGAAAUAAAAAUAGCAAAAUAAAGUAUGGGUAUUCCAGAUAAUUAUGAAGAAGAAGAGGAAUUUUAAAAAGAAUAUUAAGAUAUAAUUGAAUAAGAUUAAAAUACUGAUAUAAAUAAUGAAGUUAAAGUAUUUAUUGAGUAAAAAAAGUCACUAAUUUUAAAUGUUCCAGAAUGUUUAAAGAAUGAACCUACUUAUAAAAUCUCUUCACAAAUGUUAGCAAUAUUCUUAAGAAGAUAUUAUACAGUAAUAAGAACAAGUACUAAUUAUUUUUCUAUUGUCAUCCCUAUGUUAACUUUUAUAUUAGGAAUGUCUACAGUUGCUGGAGUUGAUUUUGAUUCAUUAUUACACAGAGUAUUUCCUGAAAUGGACAUUAAAAAUUUAAAAGAAGCUGUUGAUUUUUUCAAAAUCUCAUUACUUGCUAGUUGUAGCGUUUUAGCAUUUUGUUUUAAUGCCACAGUCUAUAUAACAUAACCAGUAUUAGAAAAAGAAACUUAUUUAAAAUAAGCAUUAGUUGGUAUGGGAUGUAGAUCAUUCCCUUAUUGGUUUGGUACAUUAAUCUUUGAUUAUUUGAUAUAUAUCUGUUUUGUUGCCUUCUUUUAUAUCAUUUCAGCUAUAUUCAAAUUAGAUAUUGCUUUUAAAUAUUGGCAAACAGGAUUAUCAUGUUAUAUUCUCUUUGGUUUCAGUUACAUUCUAUUUGCUUAUUUAAUGGGAUUCUUAUUCAAAUCACUUGAAAAUGCCUUAAAAUUAUAUUCUAUGUUCUGUUUCUUUGCAAACUUUUGUGUACCAUUUAUUGUUAUUGCUUUUAUAGACUUCUUUUAUCAAAAAUUCAAUAAUGAAGUAGCAAAAAUAUUAAUAUACAUAUUUUAAGUAUUAUUUGUAGUAGUUUCACCAUUUUAUGCCUUUUUUGAAGCAUGCACAUUUUUAGCUGAUAAUUUUGAAUAAAUUUAUAAAUUAGAACUAUAUAAAGCUCCUUAAUUAAUUUAAAGAACUUAUAUAUUUUAAUUAAUAUUGUUAGGGUAAAUAAUUAUUUAGGUUUUUAUACUUUAUUUAAUAGAAUCAAAAGGUUUCUUAGUUACAAAAAGUAGUUAGAAUGAUAAUUAUGUUAUCAAUUAAUUAGAAUAAGAAAUUAUUGAUGAAAAAAUAAGAAUUGAAAAAUCUUAGGAAUAUGAUCCAAUAGUUUGUAAAAAUUUAGAAAAAGAAUAUAUUAAAGAUAAACCAACAUUAUAAUAAUUAACUUUUGGAGUAAAGAAAGGAGAAAUAUUUGGUAUAAUUGGUCCUAAUGGAGCAGGAAAAUCUACACUUAUUAAUAUUUUUACUGGAAUAAACUCUCCUUCAAAAGGUCUUGCAUUAAUUAAAGGAGUUGAACCUAAUUAAAGAAAUUAAUAAGUUAUGUAACAUGUAGGAAUUUGUCCAUAAUUUGAUUGUAUUUGGGAAAAUUUAACACCAAUAGAACAUUUAUAACUAUUUGGAAGAAUAAAAGGAUUAUAAGGUAAAGAUUUAUAAGAGGCUGUUAAAUAUUUUAUUAAAACAAUGUAAUUAGAUUUAUUUGUCAAUACAAAAGCAGGAUAAUUAAGUGGAGGAAAUAAGAGAAAACUUUGUGUUGCGGAUGCCUUAAUAGGAGGUAGUGAUAUUACUUUUUUUGAUGAACCAAGUACAGGGGUUGAUCCAAUUUCUAGAAGAUUUCUUUUUAAUACUCUUUAAAGAAAUAUUUAACUUAGAAAUUGUUCAGCUAUUAUGACUACUCAUACAAUUGAAGAGGCUGAAAGUUUAAGUCAUCGAUUGGGAAUUCUUAUAGCUGGAUAAUUUAAAUGUUUAGGAUCUCCAUAGUAUCUAAGAUAGUAUUAUAUUAUUUUUAAAUUUAGAAAAUAUAGUAAAGGAUAUUAAAUAGAAAUUAAAUAUAAUAUUUAAAAUUGUGAUUAGACAUAAGAAAUAGCUGAAAUUGUUGUUAAAAUGUUUCCAAAAUCAUCAUAAAUAGAAGAUAAAAGAUCCGGAUUUAUGACUUUUUAGUUUUAAGAUGAAGAUUUUAGUUUUUUUAAAACAUUUUAAUAUUUUCAAAAACUCAUAAAUGAAAAAGUAAUUGAAGAUUUUUAAAUUAACGAAAAGUAUAUAUAUAAUUUAUAAUUAAUUAGUUCACUUGAACAUAUCUUUAUACAUUUGAGUAGAAUUUAAUAGGAGAUUAAUGAAAGAGAAGGUUUAGUAUUUGAUUGA